UUAGCGAGUGGAGGUGUUACGCCUCGCCGGUGCCGUCUCGGGAUACUAUAGUAAGCUUCCUCCCGAGAUGCAAGUGUGAUUAUAGCCGCGUGCAGAGCCGUUGCGGGGAUAUGUAAGGCCGCGGGUGCAAGUUCGUUGUCGAGUUAUGGAUUAUCUGGACAGGCAAUCAUGACGAGGGUGUGUGCAUGGCAUCGGGUCUCCCUUUGGAUAUGGAGUGUCGCUGCCCUCGCUCUCUGGGCACCGCGGGGCUGCAUAGGAGGGCGCACGACCCAACAUUUGGACAAUGUGACGCAAACCAUUGAAACUCUCCUCAAUGGUUACGACAUUAGGCUUCGGCCAAACUUCGGAGGAGAGGCGUGUUACAUCGGGAUGGACAUCACCAUCGCCUCGUUUGACUCCAUCUCGGAAGUAAAUAUGGACUACACCAUCACGAUGUACCUCAACCAGUACUGGAAGGACGAGCGUCUCGCCUUCAGUUCCAGCGACGAGCUCCUGACGCUGCCCGGGGACUUCGCCGAGAAGAUCUGGGUUCCUGACACCUUCUUCGCAAAUGACAAGAGCAGUUAUCUCCACGACGUCACGGAGAAGAACAAAAUGGUGCGUCUCCACGGCGACGGCACCAUCACCUACGGCAUGCGGUUCACCACGACGCUCGCCUGCAUGAUGGACCUGCAUUACUACCCUCUCGACUCCCAGAACUGCACUGUCGAGAUCGAGAGCUACGGCUACACAGACACCGACGUCGUCAUGUACUGGAUGGACGUUCCUGUCGUGGGCGUCGAAGAGGCGGAGCUUCCCCAAUUCACCAUCAUGGGCUACGAGGCCAACGGGCGGAUAGAGGAACUGGCGACGGGCGUGUACCGGAGGCUCUCCAUCAGCUUCAACCUGCAGAGGAACAUCGGCUACUUCGUGUUCCAGACUUACCUGCCCAGCAUCCUGAUCGUCAUGUUGUCUUGGGUCUCCUUCUGGAUUAAUCACGAGGCCACGUCGGCUAGGGUGGCGCUCGGCAUCACCACCGUGCUGACGAUGACCACCAUCAGCACGGGCGUCCGCUCCUCCCUGCCGCGCAUCUCCUACGUCAAGGCCAUCGACAUCUACCUCGUGAUGUGCUUCGUGUUCGUGUUCGCCGCCCUCCUGGAGUACGCCGCCGUCAACUACACCUACUGGGGGCAGAGGGCGAAGAAGAAGACGAAGAAGAUGAAGGAGAGCAACGGACAAAGCAAGCAGCAGCCUCCACACCCGCCGCCGCCGCCCCCGAUUAAAGUGGACGGGUUCACGCCCAACGAGGAGAUCAUCGAGCUCCAGGAUAUCAGGAUGUCGCCCAUUCCUUCGAUAAGGCAGCGCCACAACUCCAAGUUCUUCUCGAGCGAGGGCUCUCUUCAGGACCUCAAGUUCCCGCCCUCCUUCAGGAUCAACCGCAACUACUCCUUCCCGACCCGGUCGAGUAUCCACGCCCCUAGAGGCCCCAGCAGGAAGCGCGUCAUCUCCACGCUGAAGAAGGGCGCCUCAGCCAUCAAGGGCGCCAUGCCGGUGAUCAAGGACGUCAAUGUUAUCGACAAGUAUUCCCGCGUCGUGUUUCCUCUCUCCUUCAUCUUCUUCAACACAGUUUACUGGUGCUUUUACCUCCUCUAAGAGAUCGGGAACGAAGGGGAGAGAAAGAGAAAGAAUUGGAAAUAAUGAGAUUAUUUUAAAAAGAAGAAGAAGAAGAGAGAUAGAGAGAUAAAGAGAGAGAGAGAGAGAGAGGAAGGAUGAGGAGAGAAAAUUGAGAGGGGGGAUAAAAUGACCCGUGUUUGAAUUCCUCCUUCCCUUUUUUUUGGAUAAUUUUAUUCAAUUCUUUUGCUUGUUUUUGGUGAUUUUUUUUUCUUCCUUCUUCGGACUGGUCGGUUAAAGGCCAUGAGUGUUCGUGUGAAGGAGAUCUCUGUACUUAGUAAUUACGUACAGUCUGUAUGUCGUGCCUGUAUAUAUCUAUAUCUAUACUUUAAUUAUAUCUAUGUCUGUUUACCUGUCUAUAUGCAUCGAUAGAUAUCCAUAUAGAUGGACAGACAGAUACAUGCAUAGAUAUAUACACGCACACAUAUGAAUACCGUUAUAUAUAUAUACAUAUACUCAUAACCUCGUUUCCCACCUCACUACCCCCACUCCCUCCCCACCCCCCUCCUCCACCCUCCCCCCACCCGACCAGAUUAUCCAGUGAUAAUAAAUAUUAAAACAAACAAGAUUCGCGCCAUGUAGCCAGCAAAAAAAAUAUAUAUGUUUAGAUAUAUAUAAAGAGAAAUAUAAAUGGCUGGGAAACUGUACCCUCCACUUUACAUAUACGAUCCCUGGUUUUGCUGAUAAUUACAGACCAGGGACAAACUUGUGAUAAUAAUAGUAAAUGAAACAAAAUAAGAAAAAAAAACGAAAUAAGGAAAAUGUUUAGUGUUCACGAGGAUCAAGUUAAUCCCAGUGAUGAACGAGGUGGAACAAAUGACAGAAAAAUAAAAUGUUUACGCAAAAUAAGGUGUAAACAAAGUUCGUUGUGCUGAGGAGCCACCGUGUCAUGAAGGCGUACGAGCUCAAAACAAGAUUUGGAACAGUCACGGGUGUGUGUCACUGGCAGACUGCGCCGGUGAACCAAGCGAGAAAAUAUUCCCCAACAGGACGCCAUGGCAACCGCGGGCAAUGGACUACGAGCCUAAGCGAAUCUUACGUGAAUCUCCGUGACGAUUUUACAAUCAUUAGCUGGCAAAAUAAGCUCUCCUUUUUUCGCUCCUAAGAGAAAAAGGGGCACGAUUUUUUUAUGCUCUCUUGCUGGCAUACAGUGAGAGUGUAACUAUAAGUUAUAUAAGUGUAACUGUUUAUACAAGAUAUAGUUAGGUUUAAUGAGAGAUAUUGCAGUUGUAUAUCCUAUGCCUCCUGUUUAUUUUCGGUUUUCAUUUUUCCGUUUUUCUUUACCAUUUUUUUUUACUCAAUGGUGGAAAUCAAUGCAAAAGUAUUGUUAUUGAGAUGUGUGUUAUUGAAGUGUGGAGAGGUUGGGAAUUUCAGAAAUAUUACUGUUUUUUAUAGUAUUUCUAUACGUAUGUAUGUAUGUAUGUAUAGACGUAUAUGCAU